CAGAAAACCGAGACCCCUGUGGAGUGCCUGGAGGCGAGUGGGGGAGCUGGGAUAUGGGGAGUCAGCGGGGGCGGCAGGGCCUGGAGCCCUUGAGAACGCCUGGGAGGGGAGCGGCCGCGGGCGUUUGUAGCGCGUGAGCCGUGAAGAGCCGCGAGGGCGGAGGCGGGGCCCGGCGUGGAGCAGGCUUGACAAGCAGCUGCCUCCCGCCCUGCCCGGCUGCCUCCGCCAGGGCCGGCGGCUAUGGAGCAGACAGGCGGCAGGCCUGGGGCGACCGAGCAUCCGCGACCCUUGCGGUCGUUGUCCUGGCUGCUGUUUCUGUCUUUCCGGCUGCUGCUGGUGCUGCUGCCAGGCCCAGCGGCCUCCCAGCUACGAUACUCCGUGCCAGAGGAGCAGAGCCCGGGCGCACUCGUUGGCAACGUGGCCAGAGCCUUGGGGCUGGAACUGCGGCGCUUGGGACCUGGCUGUCUGCGCAUCAACCAUCUAGGUGCACCCAGCCCGCGCUACCUCGAGAUGGACUUGACCAGCGGAGCUCUCUUCAUCAACGAGCGCAUAGAUCGGGAGGCUCUGUGCGAGCAGCGGCCUCGCUGCCUCCUCAGCUUGGAAGUGCUGGCGCACAACCCGGUGGCGGUGAGCGCGAUCGAGGUGGAGAUACUGGACAUCAAUGACAACUCUCCGCGCUUCCCGCGGCCAGACUAUCAGCUUCAGGUAAGCGAAUCCGUGGCACCCGGAGCGCGGUUUCACAUAGAGAGCGCACAGGACCCCGACGUCGGCGCCAACUCAGUGCAGACCUACGAGCUCAGCCCCAGCGAGCACUUUGAGCUGGACCUUAAACCCCUGCAGGAGAACAGCAAGGUGUUGGAGCUCGUGCUGCGGAAGGGCCUAGACCGCGAGCAGACUGCCUUGCACCACUUGGUUCUCACUGCGAUGGACGGGGGCAUCCCAGCUCGCUCAGGCACGGCUCAGAUCUCUGUUCGUGUCCUGGACACUAAUGACAACUCUCCUGCCUUUGACCAGUCCACUUACCGCGUCCAGCUGCGGGAGGACGCUCCUCCAGGCACGUUGGUAGUAAAGUUGAAUGCCUCGGACCCAGAUGAGGGCUCUAAUGGUGAACUCAGGUACUCCUUAAGCAGCUACACAUCAGACCGGGAGAGACAGCUCUUUAGCAUUGAUGCCACUACAGGGGAAGUGAGAGUAAGUGGGACUUUGGAUUAUGAGGAAUCUUCCUCCUACCAGAUCUAUGUGCAAGCGACUGACCGGGGACCUGUACCCAUGGCGGGUCACUGCAAGGUGUUGGUGGACAUUGUGGAUGUGAACGACAACGCUCCAGAGGUGGUGCUGACAGACUUAUAUAGCCCAGUGCCUGAGGAUGUUGCCCUCAACACUGUCGUGGCCCUUCUCAGUGUGAAUGACCAGGAUUCAGGCUCCAACCGGAAAGUGAGCCUGGAUCUAGAGGCUACACUGCCUUUCCGGCUGAAUGGCUUUGGAAACUCCUACACACUGGUGGUGAGUGGCCCCCUGGAUCGGGAGCGGGUGGCUGCCUACAACAUCACAGUGACAGCCACUGAUGGGGGCAUACCGCCACUCACUUCUCAAAGGACCCUGCAGAUUGAGAUCUCGGACAUUAAUGACAAUCCGCCAAGCUUCCUGAAGGACUCUUAUUCGGUCUACAUCCAGGAAAACAAUUUGCCCGGUGUGUUGCUUUGCACCGUGCAAGCCGCAGACCCAGAUCAGAAGGAGAAUGCAGAGGUGACCUACUCACUCCUGGACAGGGAGAUUCAAGGGCUGCCUGUCACCUCCUACGUCUCCAUUAACAGUGCCAGCGGCAGCCUUUAUGCUGUCAACUCCUUUGACUAUGAGAAAUUCCGAGAGUUUUUUGUGACUGUGGAGGCCCAGGACAAGGGGAGGCCACCACUCAGUAGCACUGUGACCGCCAAUGUGUAUGUGGUGGACAUGAAUGACCACGCCCCCCAUAUUCUAUACCCUACCUCAACUAAUUCAUCAGCAGCCAUUGAGAUGGUGCCUCGGACCGCCCCUGCUGGCUACCUGGUCACCAAAGUCAUAGCCAUGGAUUCAGACUCUGGGCAGAAUGCUUGGCUCUUCUACCACUUAGUCCCAACUUCUGACUCGGACCUCUUUAAAGUAGAACUUCACACAGGGGAAAUUAGGAUUACCAGAAAGAUAGGAGAUGAGAGUGGUACCACUUUCAACCUGACUGUGGUGGUUCGCGACAAUGGGGAGCCACCUCUAUCAGCUACUGUGUCCAUAACGGUAGCUGUAGUGGACAGGGUUUCCAGAAUGCUCCCUGACACUCAGAGACAUAUAAAGAGUUCUCGGACAUAUUCUGAAAUCACGCUUUAUCUGAUAAUAGCAUUAAGCACAGUGUCUUUUAUAUUUCUCUUGACAAUCAUUGUUUUGAGCAUCGUCAAGUGCUACCGCUACAGUGCUUAUGGCACGGCAUGCUGUGGAGGUUUCUGCAGAGUGAGGGAGCGGAGCCCUGCAGAACUGUACAAACAGGCCAAUAACAACAUUGAUGCCAGGAUACCACAUGGCCUCAAAGUACAGCCUCACUUCAUUGAGGUCCGAGGCAAUGGCUCCCUCACCAAGACCUAUUGCUACAAGGCCUGCCUGACAGCAGGCUCAGGGAGUGACACUUUCAUGUUUUACAACACAGGGGCCCAGACUGGGACAGGGCCUGGGGGAACCCAAGCCUCGGUGACUGACAACAGGCAACUCAUGGGCCAAAAUAGGCACAGUGCUGGGAACCUGAUUAUCCUAAAAAAUGAGGCUGUCUCUCAAAAUGAGCCCCGACAGCCCAACCCUGACUGGCGUUACUCCGCCUCGCUAAGAGCAGGCAUGCACAGCUCUGUGCACCUGGAGGAGGCUGGCGUUCUACGGGCUGGUCCAGGAGGGCCUGAUCAGCAGUGGCCAACAGUAUCCAGUGCAACACCAGAACCUGAGGCAGGAGAGGUGUCCCCUCCCGUGGGUGCUGGUGUCAACAGCAACAGCUGGACCUUUAAGUACGGGCCAGGCAACCCCAAACAGCCCGGUCCCGAACCUAAAAAGCAGACCCAAGUUUCCUUUCUCCUCCGCCGCAAAGGAGAGGCUUCCCAGUCCCGCCAGUAAGAGUUGGACUCUCUGCCCUGUGCUUCAGGCAUCCUGUCUUGAUGACAUUUGCAGGGCAGGCUGACAGGUAUUCAGGUUGAGCAGCUUGGGUAUGCGUGGCGACUGUGUGUGUUCGAGAGCCUGAUAUUGGCUGGGAUGGUCCAGAUUAGACUAGCUGACACAGGAAGGGCUGGGAAGCAAAGGCACAUACACAUCAGGGGUCUUGGGUCUGGAGGAGGAAAUGUGAAGCUAAGUGGGACCAGACUUUCUCAAUCUCUCAGCUGGAGGUGGGGUGGUGAUUCCCUAGCAGACAAAGCCAUCCCCACUUGACAAACCUUCACGUUUGUUGGCUGUAGUAUCACCAUAUUCGAAACCUACAUUAUGCAUGCAAGCCAGCAGUUCAAGUGUUUUGUAACAGGAGGGUCAGCCAGGGCAACAGAAGCAGAUCUGAUGUGUUUCCUGUACGCGUCCUUGUGCUCGCGCUAUUAACAAUUCUUUUGCACACAAUGUUUAUGAAAAGGACAUGUCCUUUUCCAACAACACAUAUGCAAAAGCAAAAGAAAAACCCAACACCUCACUUUAUGCUCUUUGUUGUUUGAUAGAUUUAUUAAAAAAGAGAAAGUCUAUAGCUAUAAAUCUUUAAAGAAAUAUGAUGAAUACAAUUCCCCCAACCUCCCCCUCAAAAGAGAAUCCAGUCUACAGCCAUUUGAAGUAACCAUUGCUGCUACAGAAGUGCUUUAAGAGAAUUGCCUGGAACAUCUGUAUUAUACCGGCCACCUGCCAAUCACAGCUUUACUCUUUCAGGUCACUCUGGGGCUGCCUCUUGCAUGUAUUAAUUACUAAGUAAAAGGAUCUUUCUCUCUCUCUCUCUUUUCUAAGAAAAAUGAUGUGCACUUUGAUUACACAACCUUCUUAACCCACUAUACCAAGACCCAGAAACUGAAGAAAAAUAUUGUUUUCUCAUACAUACAGUGAGCAGACUUUUCAUUCCUCUGAUCCUGUGAUUGUCUCGGUGUGCUAGCCUACACCUUCGCCUUGUUUAGUUUUCCUUUUCUAUAACACUCUGAAUUGCUAACUUACUAACACCUAUGAUGUUACCUGAAUCAAUCUCCCAUAUGUAUGCUGUAUGCUAUUAUAAGACUCCUGAGAUAUACUUACUCUGUGCUUGUGUAUGUGAAUGUUAAUGCAACUAUUACCUAGAGUGAACUUUAAGCUUUAUUGUUGAAUGUAAGCCCAUUAUAUUUCCUUUUGUACACCUGUGGAAAAGUGGAAUAGUGUUUUUUUCUUAAACCAUUGUUAAUCAGCUUUUUGUGUAUGAAAGACAGUAAAAUUUCUUUCUUAAAUCAAGAUGCUGGUGAUUCAAGGAAUUUUAUUUAUGGUCAGCCAAGGGCUGUCUCUCUUGCCAAGACUCUUGCUGGCAAGGGGAUGGAUAAAGCUGUUUUUUUUCUAGUAACAAUUCUGGAAUAAAUAUGGAAGAAAUAAAGUCCCUGAGGGUAUGCAAGCACAAAAUUGUACCAAUCUGACCUCUUUGAAUUUGCAGUUUGCUUUGAAAUAAAUACUAUCCAGAAUAUCAGCUCAUAGAAAGUAAUAAAAUUUACUGUUACCAUAAAUAAGACACUUUAAGUUCGUUGUGCACAGCUUAGAUGUUUGAUUAAUUAUAUUAUCUAUCUAAAAGAAUAAAAAAAAGAUGUAGGAGUCUGUUUUAAAAGGCAUAAAAUCUAAAAAAAAAAAAAGCCUGUCUUGUCUACUUUUAGCUUCAUUCUCCCAUAUUUUGAAGGGUGUGUAACUUCAGCUCUGCAGGAUUGCAUGGGGUAAAACUUGUUGACAACACAUGUGAACCAUUGCUACAUUGUAGGUUGUGAUCAUUUUGCCCCACUGAAGCCCAUGUAACUGACCUUACGUGCCUUUUGAACUAGGAGAAUCGGGCUAAUUUAUUAAUGAUGAUAACUAUAAUGCGUAUGUACAGCACUUUUUAAAUUCAUGAAGUGCUUUCCAGUUCAUGUUAGUUACUAGUUAUUACAGCUGUAAGGAUAAAACACGUCAUGUGGAUUCAUUUUUAAUUGGUGCUAUUGGUAUUUCCUCUGUUAUUGCUAAUAAAUGAAAAUGGUGGUGUGAAAGCAA